AUGAAUAAACAAUCAGAUUGUCAAAUGAACAUGAUUUUAGAAGAAAUUGAGAAGAUAAAAAGUUUUCUUAACUCUGAAUUGCCAUCAAGAAUUGUGUCACACCCUGAAUGGGCAGCAAUCUUUGAGAAGAAAAGUUAUGUGAAGGCUGGGGAUGGGAUUUUUAAUCAAGCUGGACCUAACAGAUCUGAUUAUUCUACUGAUGAAUCUAGCCAUCUUGACAAAUAUGGUAGAAAUAAACAUUGGUGUUCAGUUAGUGAUGGAGACAUGCUGGCUUGUGUUGAAGAAUCCAGCACUGAGCAAGUGCAGACAAUCAUACUAAUGUUAUCACUGUAUGUGCUGAUGCUGUUAACAGGAUGCAGCCCUAUACUAUCAUCCUCUGAGCCAAAGGAAGCAACCCAGUUGACAGGGUGCAACUCCACAAUCAGGGAGAGAACUCUCUCAACCUCUCGUCCAAGAGAAGCAACCCCCUUUCUCUCAAGCGAUGACACAGCUGGAGAAACUAAAAGAGGUAAAACUAAGGGAAAACUUGCACAGCAGGAAAAGGAUCUUUCCAGGCAUUUGACAGAUGAGCAUUUGCAGUUUAUGUUUGGACACCAUAAAGAAGCAAAUUACCUGUGUGACUUGAACCACAGCAUACUGUCUUCAGGCGAGGAAGUCUGUUUAAAGUUGAAAGACAUUGCCCCAGGUUAUAACCUGCAACUAAAGGCUCUCAUAUCUGAAAGCAAAAAUCUCAAUUUCUUAAUACAAGCUAUUUCUGGCCCACAAGAUGACAAAUUACUUUGGCCAGCUACUUUUAGCAUAAGCCUAAUACUAGUGAAUAAGCGACCACUGGCUACAUCCAAGCCUAAUAAUUGGCAUAGCUUUACCAAAUCGAAAAGCUUGUUCAAGCCAAAUAAAAUGAUAGGCCAAAGCACUGCCAUACCCCUUUGUUACUUUAGAGAUGAUGUUCUGAAUAAUUUCAUUUAUGAUGAUACUCUGACUCUGAAAGUUUCAGUAAAUUAUGUUAGAAAAGAAGAAGACCCAGAUGACCCACAAGACUGGUUCUUACCUGGCGAGUGA